AUGAAGGUGAUCCCAGCGUUUGCCUACUUUGGAGUACUCCUGGGUGCAGUCAGUGCAUUCCCGGAUGGAGCUCCAGCGGAUACCUGUGUCAAAAGCCGUUUCAACGAACCGAAUCAUGGUGCAGCUAGAAAGCAAGACCCCAGCACAAGUCCGUUCCGGGUGACGGCCAGUGGCAACACCUACGGACCAGGUACCCAAAUUCAGGUGGAUGUCAGCGGCCAUGACGUGUUCCGUGGGUUCUUCCUGCAGGCCCGGGAUGCCCAAAGCAACGAAUGGAUCGGCGAGUGGAUUGAGUCCCCGAACACGAAAACCAUUCCGGAAUGUUCCUCCAUCACACAUGCCGACAACCGGGACAAAGAGCGGGCAAGCUUUGUGUGGAACGCGCCAAAAAAUGGUCAGGGGCAGGUGCUCUUCAUUGCAACCAUUGUGAAAAACUAUGGAACGUUCUGGGCGAAUUUGAUUGCCGAUGUACCAGCAGCUCGCCACUUCGGAUGAUUUUCAAACAUUUAUUGUAAUAAUAUGUCGUCG